AUGCCGCCCGUGGAGGAGUAUCUGUCGAACGAGGAUCUUGUCAGUAAGUAUUUGCCUCAAUUUGGCUACCAGAUACACCUCGCUUCCGGCGAUGUGGAGAAGCACAUCAAAGACGAGCAAUCGAUAAGGCAGUUUCUCAAAGCCAUCUAUGGGGGACGUACGCCCAGUGGCGAAGUCGCCUUUGAUCCAAACAAGGGGCUUCUGGUCGAAAAGCUUCCCCACAUCGGAGACAGCAAACUACUGAAUGGCAAGAUUCUCGACCACUACGUACAAGAGUAUAGUCGCCAUGGGGUUCACGGUCCUCUGAACUGGUAUCGCACCCGUAAAGUAAAUUGGGAGCACGACCGAGCUCUCUUGACCAAGAAGACAAUUGAGGUACCAGUGCUCUUCAUUCAGGCUACCGAAGACAGCGUCCUCAAGCCGGAGAUGUCAAAAGGCAUGGAGCACUUUAUCCCGAAUCUGACGCGAGGAGAAGUUAAAGCGUCGCACUGGGCACUCACACAGACGCCAGACAAGGUGAACGCAAUCAUUGUGAGCUGGCUCGACAAGCAAGGCCUAGGAACCCGGAGCUCUUUGUAA